UACAGGCUGCCGAACUGAGACAGUGUUGUUGUGAAGAGAGCGGGUUGCCAGGCAGCGGAGAAAUCCUGAUCCUGCAGUGAUAUGUCUGCUUUUUCCGAGUAGACGAACAGCAACAAAUACAAGCUGGUUGGCUUCAUAUGAGCCGUAAUGAGCGUCAUCUGUUCCAGACUGUAACCCUUCGAGAUUUCGACAGACUCGUCUACAGAUUGUUCACAGACUGGGCUGAUGGCUUUCUGCUUGGCUGAGCUGAAUCUGUGGUCCUCCAAGAGCAGCCUGCACGUACAAGAUACAGAUAUUGGUGCAUUCCAGUUUUAUGAGAAAGGAGAACCAGUCUUUCCUACAGAUCAUCAUUACUACAGUGAGAAACAGCACUUUGCAGAGAGUCGGGGUCACUCGUGGCUCCUGAGUAACCGUCGUCCUGAGAAGUUGCGGGACGCCCUGAAGGAACUGGAGGAGCUCUUGCAGUCCAAUUCCUGUGUUUGCACCAAAUGGAGGACGAAGCAGUGCUGUCAGAUGUUGUUGAGUACAGGUGUGUUAGUGACCCUGACAGUCGGCGGAGCUCAGUUAGAGAGAGUGACCAUCGACAAAACACUGGUGGGACGACUACCUGCUGACACCAUCGGCCACGCUGUGAUUGGCGAUCGUUUCCUGCUGCUGUCACUGGUGAAGAGCCAGGUGUGUCAGGUGUACCUGGGGAGGCGGAGCCAGAGCUCACCUGAGCUGUCAGCACGGCGUGGGGAGAAGCUCUCCCCUGCUGAGAUUAAGGUCUCGUCGGUGGAGCUGGCGGGCGGAGGUGGGCGCCGGACAGGCCGGCAUGUGGCGCUGAGCCGGGCGCAGGACGUGGGCGUGUGCUGGUGGCCUGGUGGGCGUGAAGAGGUCUGGCCUUGGUCGCCGGUUCCCAGUGCGACAGAGCGGGCCAAUCUGGUACUGCUGGGCUGCACGGACGGCUCGGGGCUUAUGGUCUUGAGCUCCAUGCGCACGGACAGCGACCUUUUGGACUGCUGCUUCAGCCUGACCCAGCCUUACCACAUCCUCACUGUUGAGCUGCGAGAGGAGGCCCGUGACCCCACGGCAGAGCUCCACGAAGAGGCCUGCCCCCCUGUAGUUCAGGCCUGUGUGUAUGAAUGUGCUCGCGGGCGGCUCCAGCAGCUCUCAGCCGUCAACCAACCCCUCCCCUCUGCCCCAGUGUCUUGGUGCCGUGACCCAAGUGAGCGCUGGCUCCUCCUGGGCCUGCAGGACAGCUCUGUAGUGCUGGUACAUCCUGAGACUGGGGUUUCUGUACAGGCCGUUUGCCCCAUGCCCCCCUCACUGCUGGCCUGGCACCCUUCUGGAGGGCUGGUGGUGGUGGCUGGGGGUCAGGGGGAACUUCAGUUUUUCGAUUUGGGCCUUUCCCCUCUCCCAGUGCGGCUGGUGUGCGAGGAAGAGGGUGGUCAGGGCCAGGCUGGUGCCAGUCUGCAGCUGGUUUGGCACAUGAAGGUGUCCAGCGGGUUAGAAGACAUCGAGUGGGCACAUUCACCUGUGUCCCAGAAUGCCGAGGGUCUGGAAGUGCACAAUCUGUUGCUACUCAGGUUCCAUGGAGGACCACUGGCUGCUCUGAGGCUAAAGCUGGGUGUGCUGAACGGAGGGCAGCUGGGUCCAGGUGAGCUCCUGCAGCAUCGUCUGUGCCGUGGGGAGGUGGACGCCGCACUGGGCAUUCUGGGCAAUAUGGACUGGUGCAUGAUGGGAGCAGAGUGUUAUCGUGCUCUUAUCUCUGUGACAGAUCACCUGCUGAGGAAACCGCUGGACGAGCGGACGGAAGCUCAGUUAGAAGCUGCUCUGGGGAUGUUUUAUUCUCCGUCCAGAUCUUUAACAGACACCGUUAUACUGGAGUAUCGAGAUCCCAUCAGCUGCUACGCUCGCAGAUUCUUCCAUCACCUGCUCAGACACCAGCGGUUCGAGAAGGCGUUUCUCCUGGCUCUGGACAUUGGAGCUCGAGACUUGUUCAUGGACCUGCAUUACGUGGCCCGGGACAGCGGAGAGGCGGUGCUGGCCAGCGUGGCCAAGAAGAAGGCCCAGGAGCUGGAAAUGGAGGAGGUCACACCUUCUGACCCAGAUGUCCCCAAGUCGAGGGAGCGUAAUGGAGUGCGUGUCCCCCCUUCUGCUGACACACACACUUAUACAGAAAGGCCCACAAACACACACCGCAAACCACCUUUACCCAGCACAGAGGGAGCCACUUCCAGCCAAACCCACAACAGCACAGCAUCAAGAGUCGCUUCCAGAGUGAAAGUGGAUACAGAGAUGGAAGAGGACCUUAGUGAGACCCUGUCAAAACAUCCCACCUUCUCUUGGAAUCAAAUAGACGUCAGUCAUGCCAGCCGUGAGGAUCAGGUGUCAGAAAAUACCGGAAAACUCAAGGUUAUUCAUUUAGGCCUAGUAUGAAGACUUAAUACUGCGAUGUUUUUAUGCAUCAUCACUGUCGUAACAAAACCUCUCAUCUCUGUGAAUGCCUGUGUCUUAUAUCUGUUCUACUCUUCAACAGUUAAAAGUAUAUAUUCAUGUGGAUGUUUAAGCGUUCAGCACAGACUGCACUACAUUACUAAAAGUGAGGGGGUUCCCCAAGGCUUCAUAUUAGGGCCUCUCUUUUUCUAUAUAAAACAGAACUGAACAGACUUCUGUCAUUUUACAAUUUAUCAUAACAUCACAAAACCUCAUAUCUCCAAAAUGGAAACUUUUAGGACUAAGAAAAAACAUUCUUAACUUUAAAGUGUAUUAAUGUAACUUAGAGCGAUGAAAUGUGUUUAAUUAGUCCUGUUGAACAUUAUCAGCUUCAUAAUUAUAGAUCUCUCAGGAAUUCAUCUACUGUUUAAUCAGUGUUAGAGUGGCCAAAAAAUCACCUUUAAAUAUUUGUGUAACUUUAUAUAAACUAAUAUAUGCAAAUUAUUUUUGUUUACUGUUCAUUUCACAUACUUGUACAGAUUCUGCCUUUGUGAUGCCUGUGCAAUGGUCGGAAGGGUCUGAGAAUUAUAUAUAAAGCCUUUUAUCUGGAAGGUAAAUGCUUAUUUGUUUAAAAAAAAGCACUACAUUAGAAUAAGUACAAGUAAAGACAUAAACAGUCUAAGGGUAGUUAAAUCUCUCUUUGUGGAACUCCAGUAUUUACAGUUACUACCUAGUUUACUGCCUAGUUUGUCUGAUCAGUCCUUCACUAAAGAGCCCCACUUAUAACAUUAUAACAUUUACCAAAAAUAGUUUAUUUUUACAGUAUCAUUCUCCAACCUCUCUUUAUCCCUUAGUAUCAAACAGGCUGUUUCUGUUGCUGCCCCUUUAAGACUGAAAUAUGUAAAUGAGCUCUGUACUGAUUGGCUGAAUCAUACAGAAAGCAGUCCAGGCUGAAAUGUUCCCUGUAAGUUCAGCAUGAAUAGGUGAGGUGAAACUGCUGUAAGCUGAAUUUGUUGGUUUUUGUGAUGCCAUAAAAGCACUGAAAAACAGGCUGUUGUUAGAGCUUAGUUUCCAUAUAUGGACUGUAUGGACUGGAGAGUGAAUAGUAUGUUAUGAAACUUUAUCAGUGUUUACAUACUACUACUGCACUGUUAUUAACUCUUGUGUGGUGUUGAUGGUCUGGUGGACCCACAGCAUUAUUGUUUUUUAAAUCAAUACAGCCAUAACAAUUUAUGUAAAAAUACCAGAUGUUUAAA